UCAACUCGCUUGGGAGAGAGACGAGGCGCAAUGACCAGUGGGGAGCAUGUACACCUGAACAUGUGUGUUAAUAAAGAAGAAUGUGAGAAGAAUUUAGGUUCACAACUCAGCAUUAAUGGUGAGAGCUCAUGUCAAUGUCUGUACUCUCAAAUGGAAGAAAUAGAGGACACAGGACAGGAACGAACAAUGAAAAGAUACAGUGUUCAUAGUGCUGAAGAUCCUGUAAAAGAUGAAUCCAUUUGCAACACCGGAGAAAUUGAAUUUUUUGGAUUUGGAAAAAAGUAUGGCAAGUUCGUGCAGGUAUCCUGUAACGCUUCCCCAGGUGUCAUAUUUGACUUGUUGACCCGUAAGUGGAAUGUACCAGUCCCAAACCUAGUGGUGUCAAUUGUUGGAGGAGAAGAUAAUGUUUUGUUAAAACCGUGGCUUCGGGAUGCUAUUCGGAAAGGUUUGGUGAAAGCUGCUCAAAGCACAGGAGCCUGGAUAAUUACAAGUGGUCUGCGGGCAGGAAUCACCAAACUCAUUGGGGAAGCAGUCCGUGAUCAUGCACUGGCUAGUACUUCCACCAAAAUCAAAGUCUUUGCAAUUGGAAUCUCACCUUUAGGAACUAUUUCUGACCGUGAAGCCUUGAACAAUGUUAAGAAGCACCGGCCAGCAGUCUACACAGUUGAUGAGACAGCACGAGGCCCUCUCUAUCCUUUGGACAACAACCACUCUCACUUCAUACUGGUGGAUGACAAGAUUCCCAAUGGCACCACAGAGCUUUGGCUGAAACUGCUGAAGCAUAUUUCUGAGCAGCGGACUGGCUAUGCAGGUACAGGCAGCAUUGAAAUUCCUGUGCUUUGUGUUCUCAUACAUGGUCAUCCAGAAAUGUUGCAGAAAUUGCACCAGGGGGUGGAAAAUUCUGUACCAUGGCUGAUUCUGGCUGGAUCAGGAGGUAUAGCUGAUGUUAUUGCUUCAUUGAUGCAUGGAUCUGUGGCACCUGAAAUUGUAGAAGAACAGCUUCAAGAAAAAUUCCCCAGAGAAAUCUUCACCAAAGAGAAGAUUCUCGAGUGGACUAAACUGAUUCAAAACAUUAUGGCAAAACAGCAUAUCUUAACAAUUCAUAAUUCAGAGCAGGAGUGCUCUGAGGAGUUGGAUACCAUUAUCCUGAAAGCCCUUGUAAAAGCCUGCAAAAGUCAAACCAAUGAAGCCCAGGAAUACCUUGAUGAAUUAAAACUUGCUGUGGCCUGGAACAGGGUAGAUAUUGCUAAGAGUGAUAUCUUCAAUGGUGACGUGGAGUGGAAGUCUUGUGACCUGGAAGAUGUAAUGAUGGAUGCUUUGGUGAAUGAUAAGCCAGAAUUUGUUCGGCUCUUCAUUGACAAUGGAAUGAACAUGUAUGACUUCCUCACUUAUGGCCGUCUCCAAGAACUCUAUCGUUCCAUCUCACAGAAGUGCCUUCUCUACGAGCUCUUAUUGAAAAAACUUGAGGAACACAGACUUACAAUAACAGGCAUUAAGACUCCUCCACCUGCAGAGAAGCAGCCCAAGUUUACCUUGCAUGAAGUAUCUAAGGUGCUGAAAGACUUUCUGCAUGACGCAUGCAAGGGUAUUUUCCAGGAACCUGGCUGCUCUCGCAAGCCCACGGGUGUCAAAAAAUCAAUAGCAGAACUAAACAACAAGUUACGUGGUCAAAGAUUGUUCACAAUGCCCAACUUAAACCAAACUUUUGAAAACCCUUGGCGGGACCUCUUUUUGUGGGCAGUCCUGCAGAACCGACAAGAAAUGGCCAACUAUUUCUGGGAAAUGGGCCCAGAAGCCGUGCCUGCAGCCCUGGCAGCAUGCAAGAUUUUGAAAGAAAUGGCUCGGCUGGAGUCUGACACAGAGACCGCUCGGAGCAUGAAGGGGGCAAAAUACGAUCAGCUGGCAAUAGACCUGUUUAGCGAGUGUUAUGCCAACAGUGAAGAAAGAGCCUUCCAUUUACUGAUUCGCCAGACCAAGUACUGGAGUAAGACCACCUGCCUACAGUUAGCUACAGAAGCAGAUGCUAAGUCUUUCUUUGCGCACGAUGGGGUUCAGGCUCUAUUGACAAAAAUCUGGUGGGGUGAUAUGUCGACGGAUACUCCGUUCUGGAAGUUGCUGUCAGGAUUUUGUUGCCCUCCUUUAAUAUUUACAAACCUCAUCACCUUCAGUGCCUACGACCACGCCUCCACAGAGGACUCUGACCAUCUGGGAGAACAGAUCUGUUCCGACAUGGAAAGGGCUUCAUUGCUCCAAGACGAGGCAAACAGCAGUGAAAAGAAUGGAAAAAGACUUUGCCAAGGAAACCAACAGUGGGAAUUUAUCAUACGAAGAUGGAAGAAGUUCUGGGGUGCUCCUGUAACUGUAUUUUUGGGGAAUGUGUUACUGUAUUUUGCAUUUCUGUCACUUUUCGCAUAUGUUUUGCUGGUGGACUUCCAGCCCCCACCGCCUGUUGGUCCCUCAAUGGCAGAGAUAACACUCUAUUUUUGGGUUUUCACCUUGGCUCUGGAAGAGCUUAGGCAGAGUUUUUUCACCGAAGGAAACACUAACAUAGUGAAGAAAUUUAAACUCUAUGUGGAGGAUUCCUGGAAUAAGUGUGACAUGCUGGCCCUGAUAUUGUUCAUAGUGGCUGUAACGUGCAGAAUGCUCUCUGUCACAUAUGAUGCUGGCCGCACAACCCUUUGCCUGGACUUUAUGGUGUUUGCUCUGAGAUUGAUUCACAUCUUUGCUAUUAAUAAGCAGCUGGGGCCAAAGAUUAUCAUUGUGGAACGAAUGAUGAAAGAUGUCUUCUUCUUCCUCUUUUUCCUGAGCGUUUGGCUUGUUGCCUAUGGGGUGGCCACUCAAGCACUGCUACACCCCAAUGAGACUCGGGUGGACUGGAUCUUUAGGAACGUUCUCUACAGACCUUACCUUCAGAUAUUUGGCCAGAUCCCACUGGACGAAAUAGAUGAAAUUCGGAUGGUUAAUCGAACAUGCUUUGGCAACGAAGGCAACAUAACAAUGGAAGCUAACUUGCCCCACUGCAUUAAUCGCUAUGCAAAUUGGCUAGUCAUCAUGCUUCUGGUCAUCUUCCUGCUGGUCACGAAUGUGUUGCUGUUGAAUCUUCUGAUCGCAAUGUUCAGUUAUACCUUUCAGAUUGUACAGGUAAACACGGACAUAUUUUGGAAGUUCCAGCGCUACAAUCUGAUAGUUGAGUAUCACAGCCGGCCUGCUCUUGCCCCACCCUUCAUCAUUAUCAGUCACCUGAACCUUCUGAUUAGUUCAAUUAUUAAGGAACCACAACACAAGCAAGAGCAUUUUGAAAAAAAGUUACCAGAGAGCUGGGACCAGAAAAUCAGGAUCUGGGAAUCAGUGCAAAAAGAAAAUUAUCUUGCCAAUUUAGAAAAAGGGAAGAGAGAAAGCAGCACUGAAAGAUUGAAGAAAACUUUCAACAAGGUAGAUUCAUUACUUAAAUUCAUAAAUAGGAUUCAAGAGGGGGAGAAACGCCUGGUAACCCUUGAGGCAAAGAUGAAGUACUGCAGCGAUGUUCUAUCCUGGAUGACUAAAUCCUUUAUUCAAAAUAACCUACAUUGCAACAACCCUCCUCCAACCUGUCCAGAUUCUCCGAUUCCAGUCGACAAGAGACCAGUGAAUGCAUUACCCGCAGACAGUACUGACUGUCCAGUGGAUUGUGAGGCAGUGGACAUGCCAUACAUUGAUAACUAAUUACAGCAGGGAAAGUACUCUGGUACAGAGAAUAAUGUCUCGCUAGCAUUAAUUUUUGUUCUUUUUAGUAAUAACUGCAGCAAAAAAGAUGUAUACAUUUUAAACCUGAAUUUAAAUCCUGCAGUAACUAAUUUAUACAAUUUUGGAAAAGAAAUGUUGAGCAAAAGGCAAACAAGUAUAUCUAGCAGCAGUGAAAUGUAAACAUUAUCAGACAACUUAUAUCUUUGAUUAAUAUACCUCUGAAUAAUACUUAUAUCUUUGAUUAAUACACCUCUGUUUUUGCUAGUGUAAAAUGCAAAAUGAACUUCUAA